UUUGCAUCUGCGACAUAUUAGAUGUUCUUUAUUGUUAAUGCCAUCGGAAGAUCCUCCAAUAUUCUUUUUUAUGUUCUUUCGUGGUUGAUGCAACUUGGUGGUGUCAUGGUGGAAUUGCACAAUAUUUAUAGGUUUAUUUAAUUUUUUAUUUUUGAGGAUAUUUAUGUUUAUUUAAGUACGAUUUUAACUAUAGUAGAAAACUUUUAUAAAAAUUGAUAUUUAUAAAUCUAUGGGCUAAAUUUUAGCUAUGAACGAUAAAAAUUACUUUCUUUUUCUUUUUAAUUCGAUUAGUAUGCCAUAAAAUAAAAUGAAAAAUGCAGAUUUGGACUUAGUGAAGUUUAUUAAAACAGAUAUAUUCCCCUCGUUGCCUGAGUUCGAAUCCCCCUCCCUUCGUGAUUCGGAACUUUAAUAAAGAGCGUGGAAGUGAUGGUUGAGGGACUAGCGUCGAAGUUUGAGAGCUUCCUUCCUUCCCACUUUCAUUCAAGUUUGAGUAUCGGCUGAGUCUCUGAGAUGAUGAAGAUGAUGACGGCAACUGCAUCUUCUAAUGGCAGCAAAGUUGUUAGCAUCGAUUGUGGGUCAUCGGAUUCCUACACAGAUGAAAAUUCAAUAAAAUGGGUAGGAGACGACGACUUUGUUCAAAAUGGCGAGUCCCAAGUGGUGCAAACCACCAAUGGAGUGUCUAACGUAAUGGGCACCUUGAGGGUGUUUUCAACUAGGAAAAAAAACUGUUACUCCAUCAAAGCAGAAAAGGGCUCUCAAUUUCUUGUGCGUGCAAGUUUUUAUUAUGGAAACUAUGACAAAAAGUCAGCUCCUCCUAGCUUUGAUCUUCAAUUGGAUGGAAACUAUUGGAACACCAUUCAAACUUCAGCUGAAGGUGUUGUGUAUUAUGAAGUUAUAUAUAUCACGAAAGGUGAUUCUAUAGAGCUUUGUCUUGCUCAGACGCAGCCUAACCAGCUUCCGUUCAUAUCGGCGAUUGAGAUCCGGGGCUUGGCCUCGGACAUGUACAACCAUGUCGAUUCGGAAUACGCCAUGCUUCUCACAAGAAGGGUUGCUUAUGGUGCAACUGAAGCUAUAAGGUAUCCAAGUGAUGAUUUUGAUAGGAUUUGGGAUGCAGUGGAGGUUGGCAAUGGACUAGUAAAAGUCACAACUGAUGCACAAACUAUUGAUACAUCUGUGCCUGAUCAGCCUCCUGUAGCUGCUUUCCAGUAUGGAAUAACAACCUCAAAAACUUCUGAAGCAAUACUUCUGGUCACUGAUCUUCCACCCGUUGAAGUUCCCAUCUACAUCAUCAUGUACUUCUCCGAAGUAACCGAACUUGAUUCGACCCAAACCCGAUCCUUCGAGAUCUACAUUGACGGCAAGUCUCACUUCGACCCCAUUGUUCCAGCCUAUGGAAGUGUCGUUGAGAUGUCCAUUACCAACAUAAGUGCUUCUUCAAACACUUCCUUCUCUUUGGUGGCUACUUCGGACUCCACGCUUCCUCCUUUGAUCAAUGCCAUGGAAGUUUAUUAUGUCAGCGGUCCGAUCACGGAUGGAACUGAUAGCAAAGAUGUGGCAGGUUUAGCUACGUUGCAAGAUAAGUUUAGCACACUACAGGAAUGGACUGGUGACCCAUGCCUACCGUCCCCAUUUACAUGGGAUUGGGUCAAUUGUUCUGCUGACGACACACCCCGCGUCACAGCACUAUAUCUGAGUGGCUUUGGUCUCUCUGGGCAACUCCCAGAAUUCAGCUCUUUGGAUGCUCUUCAGACAAUAGACUUGCACAACAACAGCUUGAGUGGAUCCAUUCCUGACUUUCUUGGCACCUUACCUAAUCUAAAACAACUGAAUUUGGCAGACAAUAAACUCAGUGGACCCAUACCAACCACAAUUUCAAACAAUAACAAGCUGAAGUUAGUGUCGUCAGGCAACCCUAAUCUGUGUGCCUCUGGUGGGUCCUGUAAGACAGUAGUUGAUAACAGUGGAGGCCCUUCUUCUGGUAGCAGCAGCAAGAAGAAAAACAGCAAGCUACCAUUAAUUCUUGGAAUUGCAAUUCCAGCUUUCUUUGUUUUCUGGGUUAUUGUGGUGAUCUUUGUCUGUUCUAUGAGCCAAAGUAAAAGGAGAAGAGCAGCUGCCAUAGCAGCAACCAAUGCAGGACAAAACGGUGGGGCCAAUAUGCCUAAUGGCCUACCACCACAAGGAGCACCAAUGAACCCACAGAUGAUGGGUAAAUUUGGAGAAGUUAUGAUGAAUCAGUUUGCAGGCAAUGAUGAAGACCAAGGAACACCAGAGCAAGGAACACCUGAGCAAAUAAGAAAUCAACAGGUUGAAGAAAGGCCACUACAGUAUUGAGUUGCUCAAGUUCCCUUUUUGUUUAUAUGGUUGUUAUUGAGCCAAAAUUGUAUUCAUGAUUAGUUGUGUCUGAAAUUUCUUAAAUAUGUUUCCCACCAUGAUCCACAAGAACUAUCAAAUAAAUUGAGUGUUGC